CCCCCUUGGCGGCGCUCCCGGCUGCCGGUCCGCCGCGGCGCAAGCCUCCGGGUCCAGCUCGCUCUUUCCGGGCGCGUCCGGGCCUUCCUCUCGCCGCCUUCCCGCUCCGCCCGCAGCUAGACGAACCCCGACCCCCUUUUUCAUGGCGUCGCUUCUGUGCUGUGGGCCCAAGCUGGCCGCCUGCGGCAUCGUCCUCAGCGCCUGGGGGGUGAUCAUGUUGAUCAUGCUCGGAAUCUUUUUCAAUGUCCAUUCGGCCGUGCUGAUCGAGGACGUCCCUUUCACCGAGAAAGAUUUUGAGAAGGACCCCCAGAAGAUAUAUGACCUGUACGAGCGAGUCAGCUACAACUGCUUCAUCGCCGCGGGCCUCUACCUCCUGCUUGGAGGCUUCUCUUUCUGCCAAGUCCGGCUCAACAAGCGCAAGGAGUACAUGGUGCGCUAGCGCUCCGCCGGCCCCCCGUCCGCCCCCCUCUAUUUAAAGACUCUCUCCAGGGGCUCGUGCCCCCGCCUCCGCCCCCAUGCCGGCGCCCCCAUGCCGGCGC